UUGUCACAAUUUGUCACGCCGUGGCUCUUUUCCUGUCAAAUCAAAAAACCAAAAAUCCUCAAUCGUAGUAAUGUUUAUAAUGUAACUUUUAAAUAAAAUGAAUAUAUUUGUACAAUGAAUAGAUUCUCUUGCGUUGACGGUAAUGGUUUUAUGUUUUUCACACAAUUCAAAUAUUGUAGCCUUAUUAAAACAGCGAUCCUGAUAACUGUUCAAUGACGAUGACUGAUUUGUAUAUAGCCGUUGUUUGUUCUUCAAAUAUGAAUCGGAGCAUGGAAGCUCAUGCGUUCUUAGUCAAAAAAGGGUUUAAAGUUAAGUCGUAUGGCACUGGCGAGAAAGUAAAAUUACCAGGCAUAUCAGCAGACCGACCUAAUUGUUAUGAGUUUGGAGUCCCUUACGAUGAUAUAUACAACGACUUAUUGGAGAAGGAUAAAGCAUACUACACUCAAAAUGGAUUACUUCAUAUGUUGGAUCGAAAUCGUAGAAUCAAACCCUAUCCUGAAAAAUUUCAAGUUUCAGCAGAGAGAUUUGACGUUAUUAUUACUUGUGAAGAAAGAGUAUAUGACCAAGUGAUAGAAUGGUUUGGUUCAAGACGUUCAGUCUAUAAUCAGCCAGUUCAUGUUAUUAAUUUAGAUAUACAAGAUAACCAUGAAGAAGCAACAAUAGGUGCUUUCUUGAUAAGCGAUAUGGUCACUAAAAUGGCACAAAGUGACGAUUUAGACAAUGACAUAGAUGAAUUAUUACAUGACUUUGAGGCUAAGUGCCAAAGGCCCAUUUUGAAUUGCAUUAUGUUUUAUUGAUUGAUAUUAAUUUGCUCAUCUUGAUGCAUCAGAGUUACUUUUGCUUUCAUAACAUUUGUUUAUUUAGUAUUAAGAUUUGAGGACAAGCCUUAUUGACUUAUUUAAAUGU